AUCGCAUCAUAUCGCAUGUGUAAGCUUGAUCAAGCUCAGGAUUGCAUGAUAUCUAUCUGCAAAUUGUCCAAUGUCAUUUUCGGAUACGCUACAAAGCGCGAAGAGAAGCCGAUCAAAAUACCCACAAAAUCGAAAAGGAUGCACCGGGUACUAUAUAAAUACUAAUCCAUUUCAGAACCAAAUCAUCAUUCACUUUUGAUCGUUUCAUCUGAUCGGUCCGAUUCAUCACUGGUUUUACUCGUUCGUUGGUAGCAUCCAAUAUGAAGGUGUUCGUUGUGCUGUCCAUUGCUUUGGUCGUUGCUUCAUGCGCGGCUACUGAUGAUUCCUUCAGCAAAAAGGAAAAGCGUGGUCUGUGGGAUCUGGGAUUCGACCAUGGUUCGCAUGGAUUCGAUGACUAUCAGCAAGAUGACCACCAAGAAGUGAAGCACGUGACCAUCACCAAGAAGGUCCCAGUGCCGUACCCAGUUGAAGUAGAGAAGCACGUCCCGGUUCCCGUGAAGGUUCCGUACCCAGUUCACGUAGAGAAAAAGGUCCCAGUCUACGUGGAAAAGAAGGUGCCCGUGUAUGUCGAGAAGAAAGUCCCAGUCCACAUUGAUCGUCCCGUUCCAUACCCAGUCGAAGUGAAGGUUCCCGUGGUCACCAAGGAAUACGUCGAAGUGCCAAAACCGUACCCAGUUCAUGUUGAAAAGCACGUUCCGGUGUACGUGCACAAGCCAGUGUAUGUCGAGAAGCAUGUCCCGGUGACCGUCAGUGUCAAGAAGCACACGAAAAAACACUGGUGAUUGUUUUUAGUUAUGUUGUAAGGCCUAAUAAAAUGCUUUUGUUGACAAUUUACAC